GAAAUCCGGAUGUCUCGGUUAUGAAGCGGAGCCGUGGGGGCCCCCACUUAUUUCCAGAAGUCUCCAUCCAGACUGGUGAUUGUCAGCCUCUGACACUGCUGCUGCCCAUCUGAGGUGCUUCUCUGGCUCUGAAGGGGCUGGCGCAAUGGCCAAGUACUUCAGCCUGGUGCUGCUUCUUGCCUCCAUCUGGACCACAAGACCCUUGGUCCAAGGCUCUCUCCGCAGAGAAGAGCUUUCCUCAGAACGAUGCAGAAUCAUGGGGGUCACCCUUGUGAGCAAAAAGACACAAGCGCAGCUGAAUUUCACAGAAGCCCAGGAGGCCUGUAGGGUUCUGGGACUAACUUUGGCCAGCAAAGACCAGGUUGAAGCAGCGCGGAAAGUUGGCUUUGAGACGUGCAGCUACGGAUGGGUUGAAAAUCGGUUCGUGGUCAUUCCUCGGAUUAUCCAGAACCCCAAGUGUGGGAAGAACGGGGUGGGUGUCCUGAUUUGGCGAAAUUCACUCAGCCAGAAGCACAGGGCCUAUUGUCACAACUCAUCUGAUAUUUGGGUUAACUCAUGCACUCCAGAAAUUAUCACCACCGAUGAUCCCAUAUUCAACACCGAAACUGCAGCGUACACAACAGAAAUGAUUGUCCACAGCAGUACAUACUCAGCGUCGUCUCCUGCUGGACCUGACUUUACUACACACACUGUGACUCCUGCUCCAGCUUCCACUUCUACUCCGCGGAAAAGAAAAUUAAUUUGCGUAACGGAAGAUUUUAUGGAAAUUAGCACCAUAUCUGCAGAAACUGAAUCAUAUAUUGAAGAUAGAGUGGUAUUUAAGACUGAAGCUGUUGGAUUUGGAGGCGUUCCCACCACCCUGCUGGUGCUCGCGCUCCUCUUCUUUGCUGCUGCCGCUGGCCUCGCGGUUUGCUACGUCAAAAGGUAUGUGAAGGCCUUCCCUUUCACAGACAAGAACCAGCAGAAGGAAAUGAUUGAAACUAAAGUAGUGAAGGAGGAGAAGGCCAGUGACAGCAACCCUAAUGAGGAAUCAAAGAAAAUGGAUAAAAAACCAGAGGAACCCAAGAGUCCACCCAAAACCACAGUGCGAUGCCUGGAAGCUGAAGUUUAGAUGAGAAAGAAAUAGAAGGACACAGCUGAGGCUGAUUUCCUUCCUGAUACACAUCCUGGUCACAGAUGGGGAGCCUAAAAGGGCCAAAGAACCAAACAAAUAUAUCCACCCUUGGUUCCUAACUAGAGUCAGCUCAGGGCUACCUCUGGACUCUGGAGUCAAUCUAAGGGAAUUCCCUUUUUCUUAUUGCAGUCCUUUCUGGAUCCUACCCUCCCACAGUCUUUCUAGCCUGGUUAUAUCCUAAUAAUAUGCCAGUGGGAGAAAGGAGCUUUUGCAAAGAAUCAGGACCUAAAACAGCUAACCAGAACAUGGUUGUUAAGAGGCCUUCAGGCUGCCUCGGAAUAGGGGAGCUGAGAGCCAGGCAACCAUUGAGAUCAAGGCUUUGUCUGUUGAUUGACCCUACAGCCCAGAUCCUGUCUUCAGCUCUGGAAAGAAAACACUUAUGCCACCUGGCAUGUCCUUCUGAGCCAGGUAAGAGUAAAAGAAGGAAGGAAAUGUUUAGCUACUGAAGGAUAUGGAGAUUCCCGUAACUUGAGACCUAAUCUCUAUAAAACCAAAAUAAAUAGAGAAAAAGAA